AUCUCUGUAAGAAAAAAAAAGGGAAAACGGCCUAGGUACAAAGACAAGUACCAGAAGGGGGAGAAGAGAAAAAACGCCACAAAAUGCAAGAAUGCACUAUUGUUACAUGGACCGAAAGAAGAGAUAAGAAGAAGAAAACUUCAUGGUAUCAUAAACAAGACAUUGAACAGAAAGAGAAAAAAAGGAAAAGAGAGGUAA